CCUCACAGGCAGCUGUAUGGAGGUGGCUGUAUGCCACUGAGCUGCCGUGAGCUGCCACUUAUCUAAUUUAUUAAGGGAUUUGAAUCCUCACAAAGAGCAUGUUAGAUAUAUGCAAAGCAUCUGUAUUAUUACUCUGAUUAGGGCAAUGGAGGUAGGGGAAAGAAGAAGGAGGGAAAAUACAAUUUCUCUGCUCUCAGCAGAAAAUAAAUCAACUUUUGCAGAGAGUUCUGGUGCAGCCAAGGCUAUGCUAUCCUUAAAAAUGCCUUUUUAUUAAGCUGAACUCUAUUCUCUCUCAUAUUGUAUGAUAUGACAGCUCUCUUUUGAUGGGAAAGCUUUCAUUUGGCCAGAGAAAGGGAUAAUUUGCUUCUUUUAAGGAGUUAAUCCUCUGGUCCAUUUCUGGGCUGGGAACGGCUGUCCUCCCCCUGCCCUGAAUUGGAGGCUCUGGCACAAUGGAGAUCAUAACCGCCUCAAAUCUACACCCGAGAUGGAGAAAUCAGAUUUCCUUCUGGAGUCAUUUUUGUGGGAUUAGCUAAAUCUUAGAUCCACACUAACCCUUCACAAAGCCGCCAAGAUUAGUUAGAAUUUAUUUUAUUCACAAGGGGGUUUACGGUUUUCUUUCCAAAAGGAUUAUAUCUCUCCAUAUAUAUUUAGGUGGCUUCAGUCAUAAAGCAGUUAGGUUAGAGGGAGAAAAAGUGCAUGUGUGUAUAAAAUAAAAACUCUGCUGCAAGAAUGACAGUCACUUGAAACUCCGGGACAAAGCAGUGAUUCUGGAUAGCCUCACUGGUCUGCUUUGAAGGCUAUGUAAGCUGCCUUUUUUCCUUGCAAGACCCCACUCCAGAGUCAGUGCACAGAGAGCAGACCCUGCUCAGUGUGAGCUCCUGUUCCCACGGCCGCUGCUCCCGGCUGAGGAUGUCUGCAGAGCCAGCACCAGACACCGGCUCGGGCAGGAGGGGUCUGCAGUGCUCGUUCAGCAUUGAGAACAUCCUCUCCAGCCCAGUGGAGAGGAGCUCCCAGGUCCUGGUUCCGCUCUGCCUCCAGGGCAUCUUGGACUGCACACCCAAAGGACUGUGCCAGCUGGAGGCCAUCACCGCCAGCAACCUGCAGGAAGAGGAGGAGGAGGAGGAAGAGCUGGAAGGUGCGGGUUGCAACUGCUGCUGCUGCUCCCACACGAGUGCCAGGCCCCUGCAGGACUCUCCGAGUUGGCUGGACGCCAGGUUCCCCUGGCCCAUGCGGCUGCUUCACUCGGCAGCCAGAGCCUGCAGGAGUCCCCAGGGCAGCCCGAGCGAGCUGCAGGCUUUCCAGCAGAUCCAGCGCCGCACGCGCCGCCAUCGCACCAUAUUCACCGAGGACCAGCUGCAGGCCCUGGAAACACUUUUCCACCAGAACCAGUACCCGGACGUCAUCACCAGAGAGCACCUGGCGAACCGCAUCCAGCUGAAGGAGGAGAGGGUGGAGGUCUGGUUUAAGAACCGCCGGGCCAAGUGGCGGCACCAGAAAAGGGCGUCCGCCGCGGCGCUGGGCCUGCAGGGCACCAAGGACCCCCCAGCCGGAGUCCCCUGCGGUCGGGGCAGCCGAGAGGACGGCGGCGAGGCGGCACGGCCCUUCCCGGCCCCGGCUCGGGGCACGGCGCUCGGCGGGCGCCCCGGGUAGGCCGCAGGCCGGAG